AUGAAGAGAAAAUAGAAUACUUAAUAAUGCUUUUCCGCAACCGCUUCUUGCUGCUGCUGGCCCUGGCUGCGCUGCUGGCCUUUGUGAGCCUCAGCCUGCAGUUCUGACCACAUCCUGUUUCUCUCCGUAUCCCAGGAACCAGCACUGCCUAGCACGUAGUAAUAUUUUGUAAAUGUCUGCUGAAUGCAUGAAUCCAUGCCUGCUCUAAAAAGCAGAUGGAACCUUAUUUUCUUUCCUUCUGUUGCUGUGUAUUUGAAGCUGAGAAAACAUCUGUGUGAUGCCAGGAAUUGUGUUGUUGCUGUCACCUGCCUUCUCUCCAUUUAACCACCUCACCCUGAUGGGUGGGAGACAAGCAGUUGGCACCCACACCACCCAGGACAGCUGUGUGAGGAGGGGCAUUUCUGUUGCAGUUUGAAUGAUGGAAAGAAGGGCAGGUGGCUCGAAUUGGAAAAGAGGUCAAAAGAAGGUGGGCAUCAGAAGUUUAAAAAUAUUCCAGAUGGCAAAUGAAUUGUAAAAUAUGAAUCCUUUCCAAAAAGUGUGGUAAGAUUUUCAGUAGUUUGUUUAUAAAUUUUCAUUAAAAAUUUUCCAUCCUUUGGUUGGAGAGGUAGGAUGUUACAAUCAACCCUGAUUUUAUUUUGAGAGGCUGACAGGUUCUGAGACAUGAAUGUGUGUUACUUGUGUUUGUGGCAUUUCUCUUGCAUGAGCUGGUUUCCACGUCACUGAAUUGGCCUGUGUGUUUUGCUUAUAUAACUCUUCUGAAAGUACCUUCUGUUUUAGGAAAGCCAAUUUUCAGCCAUACUUUUUUAAGGAAAAUUUUGCAGGGUAAAUUAGCCUGUCUGGGUCUGAGCUCUUUAUUCUUCGAUACGUUGGAGAUCGGAAAGAUAUUAAGAUAUGGACGUUCUUACUGCUCUUCUUUUAGUCCACCUGAUCCCGGUGUCGACACCUAAGAAUGGAAUGAGUAGCAAGAGUCGAAAGAGAAUCAUGCCCGACCCUGUGACGGAGCCCCCUGUGACAGACCCCGUUUAUGAAGCUCUUUUGUACUGCAACAUCCCCAGCGUGGCCGAGCGCAGCAUGGAAGGUCAUGCCCCGCAUCAUUUUAAGCUGGUCUCAGUGCAUGUGUUCAUUCGCCACGGAGACAGGUACCCACUGUAUGUCAUUCCCAAAACAAAGCGACCAGAAAUUGACUGCACUCUGGUGGCUAACAGGAAACCGUAUCACCCAAAACUGGAAGCUUUCGUUAGUCACAUGUCAAAAGGAUCCGGAGCCUCUUUCGAAAGCCCCUUGAACUCCUUGCCUCUUUACCCAAAUCACCCACUGUGUGAGAUGGGAGAGCUCACACAGACAGGAGUCGUGCAGCAUUUGCAGAACGGUCAGCUGCUGAGGGAUAUCUAUCUAAAGAAACACAAACUCCUGCCCAAUGAUUGGUCUGCAGACCAGCUCUAUUUAGAGACCACUGGGAAAAGCCGGACCCUACAAAGUGGGCUGGCCUUGCUUUAUGGCUUUCUCCCAGAUUUUGACUGGAAGAAGAUUUAUUUCAGGCACCAGCCAAGUGCGCUGUUCUGCUCUGGAAGCUGCUAUUGCCCGGUAAGAAACCAGUAUCUGGAAAAGGAGCAGCGUCGUCAGUACCUCCUACGUUUGAAAAACAGCCAGCUGGAGAAGACCUACGGGGAGAUGGCCAAGAUCGUGGAUGUCCCCACCAAGCAGCUUAGAGCUGCCAACCCCAUAGACUCCAUGCUCUGCCACUUCUGCCAUAAUGUCAGCUUUCCCUGUACCAGAAAUGGCUGUGUUGACAUGGAGCACUUCAAGGUAAUUAAGACCCAUCAGAUCGAGGAUGAAAGGGAAAGACGGGAGAAGAAAUUGUACCUCGGGUAUUCUCUCCUGGGUGCCCACCCCAUCCUGAACCAAACCAUCGGCCGGAUGCAGCGUGCCACCGAGGGCAGGAAAGAAGAGCUCUUUGCCCUCUACUCUGCUCAUGAUGUCACUCUGUCACCAGUUCUCAGUGCCUUGGGCCUUUCAGAAGCCAGGUUCCCAAGGUUUGCAGCCAGGUUGAUCUUUGAGCUUUGGCAAGACAGAGAAAAGCCCAGUGAACAUUCCGUCCGGAUUCUUUACAAUGGCGUCGAUGUCACAUUCCACACCUCUUUCUGCCAAGACCACCACAAGCGUUCUCCCAAGCCCAUGUGCCCGCUUGAAAACUUGGUCCGCUUUGUCAAAAGGGACAUGUUUGUAGCCCUGGGUGGCAGUGGUACAAAUUAUUACGAUGCAUGUCACAGGGAAGGAUUCUAAAAGGUAUGCAGUACAGCAGUAUAGAAUCCAUGCCAAUACAGAGCAUAGGGAAAGGUCCACUUCUAGUUUUGUCUGUUACUAAGGGUAGAAGAUUAUUGCAUUUUAAAGGCUAAAUAUUGUUUGUGGGAACCACAGAUGGUUGGGGUUGAACAGUAAGCACAUUGCUGCAAUGUGGUACGUGAAUUGCUUGGUACAAAAUGGCCAGUUCACAGAGGAAUAGAAGGUACUUUAUCAUAGCCAGACUUCGCUUAGAAUGCCAGAAUAAUAUAGUUCAAGACCUGAAGUUGCCAAUCCAAGUUUGCACUCUUCUGGCCUGCCCCAUGUUACUAUGUGAUGGAACCAGCAUGCCUCAACCAAAAUUUUUUUAAUCUUAGACAUUUUUACCUUGUCCUUGGUAAGAAUUUCUUGAAGUGAUUUAUCUAAAAUAAAGGUUGGCAAACUUUUUCUGUAAAGGGCCAGAUUGUAAAUAUUUCAGACUGUGUGGACCAAAAGGCCACAUACAGUCUCUGUCAUAACUACUCAACUCUGUUUCGGAAGCAGGAAAGCAACCACAGACAGUACGUAAAGGAAUAUGUGUAGCUGGGUUCCCAGGCCGGACAAAACAGAUGGUGACCAGAUUUGGCCCCUGGGCUGUAGUUUGCUGACCCCUCAUCUAAAAAAUAGGCUAUACUACAAUUGCACUUCCAGCACUUUGAGAACGAGUUGAAUACCAAGAAUUAUUCAAUGGUUCCUCCAGUAACUUCUGCUAGAAACACAGAAUUUGGUCUGUAUCUGACACUAGAACAAAACUUGAGGGUAAAUAAACAUUGAAUUAGAAUGAAUCAUAGAAAACUGAUUAGAAGAAUACUUGAUGUUUAUGAUGAUUGUGGUACAAGAUAGUUUUAAGUAUGUUCUAAAUAUUUGUCUGCUGUAGUCUAUUUGCUGUAUAUGCUGAAAUUUUUGUAUGCCAUUUAGUAUUUUUAUAGUUUAGGAAAAUAUUUUCUAAGACCAGUUUUAGAUGACUCUUAUUCCUGUAGUAAUAUUCAAUUUACUGUACCUGCUUGGUGGUUAGAAGGAGGCUAGAAGAUGAAUUCAGGCACUUUCUUCCAAUAAAACUAAUUAUGGCUCAUUCCCUUUGACAAGCCGUAGAACUGGAUUCAUUUUUAAACCAUUUUCAUCAGUUUCAAAUGGUAAAUUCUGAUUGAUUUUUAAAUGCGUUUUUGGAAGAACUUUGCUAUUAGAUAGUUUACAGAUCUUUAUAAGGUGUUUUAUAUAUUAGAAGCAAUUAUAAUUACAUCUGUGAUUUCUGAACUAAUGGUGCUAAUUCAGAGAAAUGGAAAAUGCAAGUGAGAUUCUCUGUUGUCAUCGGCAUUCCAACUUUUUCUCUUUGUUUUUGUCCAGUGUUGGAUUUGAAUAUGUCUGUUUCUAUAAAUAAAUUUUUGAAGAAUACCUA